GCUAUCAUGAAGCGACAAAGAACUGGAAAGCAUCCUCAGUUAGAAGAGGCUGUUGCUCUUUGGAUAUCUCGAACUGUUGAAGCAUCGCAGAGGAUCACAGGUGAAAUAAUACAAGGAAAAGCAAAAAAGCUCUUGACGUAA